GAGGCCAAGGAAGCUUGUGACUGGCUGCGGGCUGCUGGGUUCCCACAGUACGCUCAACUUUAUGAAGAUCUCCUUUUUCCAAUUGACAUCGCUCUAGUCAAGCGAGAGCAUGACUUUCUGGACAGAGAUGCUAUUGAGGCCUUAUGCAGGCGCUUAAAUACUUUAAACAAAUGUGCAGUGAUGAAGCUAGAAAUUAGUCCGCACAGGAAAAGGAGCGAAGAUUCGGAUGAAGAUGAACCUUGUGCAAUAAGUGGCAAAUGGACUUUUCAGAGGGACAGCAAGAGGUGGUCAAGGCUUGAAGAGUUUGAUGUGUUCCCUCCAAAACCAGACUUGAAUACCCCCUCUCCAGAAGCUCCUCACCUUACUAACGCGGCAAGCCGUGAAAGUGUGCUAACAGACCUCAGCGAACGCCAGGAGGUGGCUUCCAUUCUGAGCACCAGCAGCACCAGCAGCCACCAACCAACCCUGCAGAGCGAGGCAUCUACCACCAGGACGAACUCAGUCGUGAGCGUUUGUUCAUCGAGCAAUUUCGUAGCAAACGAUGACUCAUUCAGCAGCCUGCCCUCGCCCAGGGAGCUGAGUAGCUUCAGCUUCAAUACAAAAGCCAAUGAGAAGAACGCCAAGUCCAAAACAAAGAGUCUGCUCAAGAGAAUGGAGAGCCUGAAAAUCAAGAGCUCUCAUCAUGGCAAGAGCAAAGCUCCUUCAAAGCUUGGCCUUAUUAUUAGCGGCCCCAUCCUGCAGGAGGGCAUGGAUGAAGAUAAACUGAAACAACUUAACUGCGUGGAGAUUUCUGCCCUCAACGGCAAUCACAUCAGCCUCCCCAUGGUACGAAAGAGGAGCGUCUCCAAUUCCACCCAGACCAGCAGCAGCAGUAGUCAGUCUGAGACGAGCAGUGCCGUCAGCACACCCAGUCCCGUCACACGAACACGCAGCCUCAGUGCAUACAAUAAAAGGGUGGGCAUGUACCUGGAAGGCUUUGACCCCUUCAACCAGUCAACGUUCAGUGACGUGAUGGAGCAGAACUUCAAGAACCGGGGAAGCUUUGCAGAAGAUACAGUGUUUUUUAUCCCUGAAGAUCAUAAGCCUGGCACUUUUCCCAAAGCACUCUCCAACGGCAACUUCUCCCCAACAGAAAGCAAUGCCUCUGUGAACUGGAGAACAGGGAGUUUCCAUGGACAUGGCCAUCUCGCCCUCCGGCGGGAAAACAGUGGCGACAGCUCCAAAGAGCUGGGCAUGGGGAAAAGGCGCAACUCUUCCAGCUCGGUGAGCAGCCGCCUGAGUAUUUACGACAACGUGCCAGGCUCGAUCUUGUAUUCCAGUACGAGUGACCUGGCCGACCUUGAAAAUGAAGACAUAUUCCCAGAACUAGACGACAUCCUGUACCACGUCAAAGGGAUGCAGAGAAUAGUAAACCAGUGGUCAGAGAAGUUCUCGGAUGAAGGGGACUCCGACUCAGCGCUCGACUCCAUCUCCCCCUGCCCUUCCUCUCCAAAGCAGAUCCACCUCGAUGUAGAUAACGAUCGAACAACACCGAGUGACCUUGACAGUACAGGGAAUUCGCUGAACGAAACGGAAGAGCCCUCGGGGAUGCAGGACAGGAGGGACUCUGGGGUGGGCGCAUCGCUGACACGGUCCAGCAGGCACCGGCUGAGGUGGCACAGCUUCCAGAGCUCCCACCGGCCCAGCCUCAGCUCGGCGUCACUGCAGAUCAACUGCCAGUCCGUGGCGCAGAUGAACCUGCUGCAGAAGUACUCUCUCCUGAAGCUGACUGCCCUUCUGGAGAAGUACACGCCUUCCAACAAGCACGGUUUCAGCUGGGCAGUACCAAAAUUUAUGAAGAGGAUAAAGGUGCCAGAUUACAAAGACCGAAACGUGUUUGGAGUACCACUGCAGGUCAAUGUCCAGCGCACAGGGCAGCCUCUUCCACAGAGCAUUCAGCAAGCCAUGCGGUACCUCCGCAACCACUGCCUGGAUCAGGUUGGACUGUUUAGGAAAUCUGGAGUCAAAUCAAGAAUUCAGGCUUUGCGUCAAAUGAAUGAGAAUUCAACAGACAGCGUCAACUAUGAAGGCCAGUCUGCUUACGAUGUAGCAGACAUGUUGAAGCAAUUCUUCCGUGAUCUCCCUGAGCCUCUCAUGACCAACAAACUCUCCGAGACCUUCUUACAGAUAUACCAAUAUGUGCCAAAGGAUCAGCGUCUCCAGGCUAUCAAGGCUGCCAUUAUGCUUUUACCCGAUGAGAACAGGGAGGUCCUCCAGAUUCUUCUGUAUUUCCUGAGUGAUGUCACAGCUGCAGUGAAGGAAAACCAGAUGACACCAACAAACCUGGCCGUCUGCUUAGCACCUUCCCUCUUCCACUUAAACACUCUCAAAAGAGAGAAUUCUUCCCCAAGGGUGAUGCAAAGAAAACCGAGCCUGGGAAAACCUGAUCAGAAAGACCUAAAUGAAAAUCUGGCUGCAACCCAGGGGCUAGCUCAUAUGAUUGCUGAAUGCAAGAAGCUCUUUCAGAUACCCGAAGAAAUGAGCAGGGGACGGAACUCUUACACGGAGCAGGACCUGCGUCCCCUCAGCCUGGAGGAGCUCCGGGGGGGCAGCAGCACCGCCGAGCCCUCCGACUACCACUGCUACCUCCAGGACUGCGUGGAUGACUUGCUCAAAGAGAUGAAGGAGAAGUUUAAAGGCUGGGUCAGCUGCUCCACCUCGGAGCAAGCAGAGCUGGCCUACAAGAAGGUUUGUGAAGGUCCUCCACUCCGGUUAUGGAAAACUACCAUUGAAAUCCCAGCUACGCCAGAGGACGUUUUAAAUCGUUUACUUAAAGAGCAGCAUCUUUGGGAUGAAGAUCUUCUAGAUUCAAAAGUAAUCGAACCUUUGGAUAGCCAGACAGAUAUAUACCAGUAUGUCCAGAACAGCAUGGCACCUCAUCCAGCCAGGGACUUCGUAGUCUUAAGAACGUGGAGGACGAACUUCCCCAAAGGAGCUUGUGUGCUUUUAGCAACCUCAGUGGACCAUGACCGUGCCCCAGUGGCAGGCGUUAGAGUCAAUGUGCUCCUGUCUAGGUAUCUGAUUGAGCCCUGCGGGUCAGGAAAAUCUAAACUUACCUACAUGUGCAGAAUUGAUUUAAGGGGCCACAUGCCAGACUGGUACACCAAGUCUUUUGGACACUUGUGCGCAUCUGAAGUCGUCAAGAUACGGGACUCUUUCAGUCAUCAGAGUCUUGAGGGCAAGGAAGUAAAAUCCAGGUGACUACUGAAGAGGAACAGCCAUGCGCUCCACACCUCAGCAACCCAAAACUGAGGCUCGUUGCUGCAAGACCGGAUUAGUGUACCACCUGCAAGUCAUGUCAUGAAGGGAUGACAGCAUGAGAACUUGACUGUGAGCAUUACUAUAGGACUGUGGCCAUACCAUACACUUUAAAGCUGCUUCCUGUCUGUGUAAGGUCUAUAGUGUAGGCCUCGACUGGAAUACAUAGGAGAACUGU